AUGUCUGUGUCCACUACCGCUGAACUCGAUCUAUUGAUUCAGAAAGCCACCAGUGAAAGCAUUCCGAAUGGUGAGCUGGAUUUGCCAUCGGCUAUGGAGAUAAGUGAUGUUGUUAGGUCUCGUAGGGUUCCACCAAAGGAAUGUAUGAGAUGCUUGAAGAAGCGGAUCAUGGGUACUACAUCCAAUCCUAAUACUCAGUUAUCUACGUGGAAACUUACCGAUAUUUGCGUCAAGAAUGGUGGAAUCCCUUUUAUUAAGGAAAUCUGCUCUCGCGAAUUCAUGGAUACGAUGGAACAGACGAUAUUGAAGAAUCGUCACAAUGUUGAUCUCGAGGAGCUGGUUACUAGGUUGUUCUGCGAGUUAUAUGUUGCAUUCAAGAACGAUUCGCAGCUGAACUAUGUGUCUAGAGUCUAUGAAAAAUUAGUUGCCCGUGGAAUCGAGUUCCCUCAAUCUGUGAUAGACUCUGGUAGCUCGAUGGCUAUGUUCGAUUCACGUACUCCAGCCGAUUGGGUGGACUCCGAUGCAUGUAUGAUUUGCUCCAAGCGAUUUAGUUUGAUAAACAGAAGGCAUCAUUGCCGCUCAUGUGGUGGAAUAUUCUGCCAGGACCAUUCUUCACACCGUAUUGUUCUAUCAGAUCUAGGCAUUUAUGAUCCAGUCAGGGUCUGCGACAACUGCUACGAAGAUUAUGACUUGAAGAAAGGAAGCGAUGGCGGGGGAAGGAAGAAGCACCACAGGAGAAAGAAGAAAGGUUCCAGUAAUGAUUUCGAUGAGGAAGAACAGUUGAGAAAGGCUAUUGAGCUUUCACUAAAGGAGUCAAAGGGUAGUACUGAACCUAUAGUUCCUGUUAUGCAGAGAGCUGAACCAAAAGCCAAGCAGCAAGAAGCUGAAGAGGAAAACGACCCAGAUCUGAAGGCAGCCAUCGAGGCCAGUUUAAGAGAGGCCGAAGAGGAGAAGAGGAGGAAAGAAGCGUACGCUGCAUCCCAGCAACAACAAAGAACUACUUUACAAGAGCCAUCAACUCCGUCGUACGACCUUACUGCAAGUGAAGAAGAGGAUAUUCAUCUGUUUGCAUCUUUAGUCGAAAGAAUGAAGACCCAAUCAGCGGCGGAAAUCCUUGAGGAUGCUCAACUUCCUAAGCUUUACCAUAAGGUCAUUGGGACUAGACCAAAACUGAAUAAUGCCUUGAGUUAUUCGAUUCAAAAGUACAACACACUGAUAGACAUGAAUACAAAGAUUUCCGACAUAAUGACCAUCUACGAUGGCCUGCUGGAAAGACAACUGAAUAACAUUACUAUGUCGGACCGUUAUUCCGUGCCUCAGGUACCUUCAGAUCCUUACUCGUACAAUCAAAGGGAGCAACCUGUAUACCAACCUAACGGUACCACACCUUAUCAGCCGGUUCCUGUUCAACACACAGCUCCUCCACAGCAAUUGUCUGCACAACGAUCGGAUCCGCUAAAUGCAGCUCAGGCACAACAGCACUCGGAAACUCAUCUAAGUCAAAUGAAAGAUUUGAAUCUUUCACCUUCAGGUAAUUCGACUGCUUUCAAUGUUCCAUCAGAACCACCAUAUCCUGUGGCGGAAGAGGAAGAGUUGAGGUCGGAUGAUCGCCGGUUUUCGAAUCAUGAGACGCCCGUCACUGAUGGUCUCCAACGCAAAGACAAUGAACCUAAAAGAAAAUUAUCUAACGCACCUUAUCCUGUAGAUGAUGUCGAGUCAGAGAGUGCAGCUCAGCCUGAAAGCGCAGCUAAGGCCAAUAACGCGAUAACGAAUUUUGAUUUCCCAACGGUUCCAGCGAGAAAGAUUGUACAACCUUCGACUGCACCAGCAAUGGAAGAAGAAAAUGCUCCUGAGACAACCCAAUCCGAAGAAAAACUUCUGAUAGAGCUUUGA